AUGGAAACAGCUCUGAAGAAUGUCCUGCUGACUUCAGCUUUGGGUAAGGUUUUAGUUCUCUUAAACAAUUCAGCCAUCAAAGCAUGUAGUGAAAAUUCCACCAAAGGCUUGGGAGUCGAUGUUGCUGCGAUGGCAUCAGCAAGCGAAGCUACAAGUUCAUCGAAGUCAAAGCUGCUAAGAGCUUCGCUAAGAGCUUCUUCCAUUUUCUUCUUUCUAGCUUUCAAGAGGAAGAAAGAACCAAGGGAGAGGGAGUGA